AUGGCCGACAUUGCCAUUGACCCAAGGACAUCGUGUCGAUACUGCCGGGAUAGCCAGGUGAUCUAUGACUCAUCACAGGGGACCGCGGUUUGCACGGGCUGCGGCACUGUGCUGGAGGACCAUUGCUUCGACGAGGGUAGGGAGUGGCGCAAUUUUGCUCCCGAAGGUGUUGAUUCACAGCCCAAUGGCCGAGAGCGUGCUGACCUUACCAACAGCAUUGACCACAAGACUGGCCAGGGCUGCGGCACAGUGAUUGUUGGUGUCGGCACCAAAGCGCAGCGCAUGCAGGAAAAACUCUUCCGCGUGCAGAGCGCCAGCAAGCCGGAGCUAUCCGCCGGGCAAAAGGAGGAUAGAAACAUUCAGCACCAGACGGAGAAGGCUCGAGAAGUCGCGAUGCGGCUGAAUCUUGGGGAGGAGAUCGUGAACCGCUGCACUGUGCUGUUGCAGGACUUGGCCGCCAAGGGCCUUCUCAAGGAGAGGUACCAGACUGCCUGGUACUGUGCAUUGGUGGAGAUCGCUUGUGAGGAGGAGCCGUACGGCAAAAAGACUGUUCAUGAUUUUGCCCACGCACAUCGUCAGUACAUUACCAACAAGGUGGAGCCUCCACAAUUGAAGCGCAAAGAGGGGAUCAUCACUGCCACUUUCAACCAGGCGUCUAUUGCAAAAGAGCUGAAAGGCGAGGUGGUAAUAGGCAAUGUCAAGGUUGCGCUAGUCCCUGGCGAUCAGGCCUCCCUGCUAGUCCGGUCGUGGGGUCAGAUCGGUGAGGAGGAAUUAGGGGAGUUUUUCCGACAACGGUUGGAGGAUAUGCAGCAAAAAAAGUGUGUGGCACUCAUCACAAAGCACUACGACGCCCUUUGCUCUGCCCUAGACCGCGCUAGAGCGACAUACUUGGAGACCGAGGAUCUCUACAAAAACUACGUGAGAAGCUUGGGUCUUGCUGCAGAGGUGGUGAAACCCGCAAAGCACAUUGCAACUGAAGCUCUCAAGCACAGACUUGUAAGAACGGGCAAGGAUUUGGCGGAGCGAUCGGUUGUGACUGGUGCAAUGGCCAGCGCAAUUUUUGUCGUUGCCUGGCUGUUGGACGUGGAGAAGAAACCAAGGUUGGAGGAUGUAGCCAAAGCUGCGAAGGUGAGCGAAGGCUAUGCCAAGAUGACCUACAGCAGCAUUCGCCGAGAGAUCUCCAGAGUUCUUCCAAAGGACUACCUCAGCCGCUACAUAGACCGAGUUCGGACGUUGCCACAGCCGGACAGCAUCAGUAGGAAACGUCCUGCUGAGUUUCCUGCUGGAAGGUAG